CCCAGGCGGCUGCUCCCUGCUGACUGGGGUGUGGGCGGGGAGCGGCGGAGGCAGGAGGAGGCGCUGCUGGCCGCCGCCGUUGCCUCCGCUGCUGGGCUCCUGGGCAGCUCUCGGGGUUUCUGCGGCCGCCAUGGACGAGCAGGCGGGUCCCGGCGUCUUCUUCAGCAACAACCACCCAGGCGCCGGCGGUGCCAAGGGUCUCGGGCCUCUGGCGGAGGCUGCCGCGGCCGGCGACGGGGCGGCUGCGGCGGGGGCGGCGCGAGCCCAAUACAGCCUCCCCGGCAUCCUGCACUUCCUGCAGCACGAGUGGGCCCGCUUCGAGGUGGAGAGAGCCCAGUGGGAGGUGGAGCGGGCGGAGCUGCAGGCCCAGAUUGCCUUCCUUCAGGGGGAAAGAAAAGGUCAAGAAAAUUUGAAGAAGGAUCUUGUGAGGAGGAUCAAAAUGCUGGAGUAUGCUCUUAAACAGGAAAGAGCCAAAUACCACAAGUUGAAAUAUGGGACAGAAUUGAAUCAGGGAGAUAUGAAGCCUCCAAGCUAUGAUUCUGAUGAAGGUAAUGAAACAGAGGUACAACCACAACAAAACAGCCAGUUAAUGUGGAAACAAGGUCGACAACUACUCAGACAGUAUCUACAGGAGGUGGGUUACACGGAUACUAUUCUAGAUGUAAAAUCUAAACGAGUACGAGCUCUGUUGGGUUUUUCAAGUGACGUCACUGACAGGGAAGAUGACAAAAAUCAGGACUCAGUUAUAAAUGGCACAGAGGCUGAAGUUAAAGAGACAGCAAUGAUUGGGAAAUCCGAGUUAACGGAUUCUGCCUCCGUGCUGGAUAACUUCAAAUUCCUUGAAAGUGCAGCUGCAGAUUUCAGUGAUGAAGAUGAAGAUGAUGACAUUGAUGGAAGAGAAAAAAGCAUCAUUGAUACAUCAACAAUUGUUAGGAAAAAAGCAUUGCCUGAUAACAGUGAAGAUCGAGAUACAAAAGAAGCCCUAAAGGAGUUUGACUUCUUGGUUACCUCAGAGGAAGGAGACAGUGAGUCUAGAAGUGCAGGCGAUGGAACAGAAUGGGAAAAGGAAGACCAGUGUCUCAUGCCUGAAGCCUGGAAUGUGGACCAGGGAGUAAUUACCAAACUCAAGGAACAAUACAAAAAGGAGAGAAAGGGGAAAAAGGGGGUGAAGAGAAAAACUACCGAAGAUCUGUUUCAGCCUCUAUCCUAUAUAAAACAGUCAAAACAGGGAUGUGGGAGAAUGAAGAAUCAAAGUUCAGGGCCCAAUAGGUCAAAACUACAAGACAUGCUUGCUAAUUUGAGAGAUGUUGAUGAACUUCCCUCAUUACAGCCAUCUGUGGGUUCACCUUCCAGACCCACCAGCUCCAGGCUUCCAGAACAUGAAAUAAAUAGGGCAGAUGAAGUGGAAGCAUUGACCUUUCCUCCUUCUUCUGGGAAGUCCUUCAUCAUGGGAGCAGAUGAAGCCCUUGAAAGUGAACUGGGACUUGGAGAAUUGGCUGGACUUACUGUGGCCAAUGAAGCAGAUUCACUAACUUAUGAUAUAGCAAACAAUAAAGAUGCACUGAGGAAGACCUGGAACCCUAAGUUUACAUUACGAAGUCACUUUGAUGGCAUCCGAGCCCUUGCUUUCCACCCCACUGAGCCCGUUUUGAUAACAGCGUCAGAGGAUCACACAUUAAAAAUGUGGAAUUUGCAGAAAACAGCCCCAGCCAAAAAGAGUACAUCUCUUGAUGUGGAGCCAAUCUAUACAUUCAGGGCUCAUAAAGGCCCGGUGCUCUGCGUGGUGAUGAGCAGCAGCGGCGAGCAGUGCUACAGCGGGGGCGCGGACGGGCUGAUCCAGGGCUGGAACACCACCAACCCCAGCGUCGAUCCCUACGACUCCUACGAUCCUUCUGUUUUAAGGGGCCCUCUGCUGGGCCACACCGACGCCGUGUGGGGCUUGGCUUACAGUGCUGCACACCAGCGCCUGCUGUCCUGCUCAGCAGAUGGCACUCUCCGUUUGUGGGACACAGCCGAAGCUGCUCCGGCCCUGAGCGUAUUUAGUAACAAUCAAGAGUUGGGAAUCCCUGCGUCUGUGGAUCUAGUGAGCAGUGACCCGAGCCAUAUGGUCGCAUCGUUCAGCAAAGGAUAUACAAGCAUCUUUAACAUGGAAACGCAACAGCGCAUUCUCACUUUAGAAUCCAACCUCGAUACAACCACCUCUUCCUGUCAAAUAAAUAGAGUCGUCAGCCAUCCCACUCUUCCCAUCAGCAUCACUGCUCAUGAAGACAGGCACAUCAAAUUCUAUGAUAACAACACAGGCAAACUCAUCCACUCCAUGGUAGCCCAUCUAGAAGCUGUUACAAGUUUAGCAGUGGAUCCCAAUGGCCUGUACUUGAUGUCUGGGAGUCAUGACUGUUCAAUACGUUUAUGGAACCUAGAAAGUAAGACGUGUAUCCAAGAGUUCACAGCUCAUCGGAAAAAAUUUGAAGAAUCAAUUCAUGAUGUAGCUUUCCACCCAUCCAAAUGCUAUAUAGCCAGUGCUGGGGCUGAUGCGCUGGCUAAAGUGUUUGUAUGACACAAUGCGUCAUCCUCACCUUCUAGCUCUUUAUAAAUAAUCAACUGCACAAAAGAGAUACAGAAGACCAGGGCAAGAAUCAUCUGUCCUGCCCUUUUGUUCUGCUGAAGGAGCACAGAGAACAUUUGUUAAAGUAUAGUUUUGCAAUUCGUAUACUGUUUUCUAAAACUAAGAUUUGUUCCGGUUGCUGCAAGCUCAGCUGAAUCUGUGAGCCUGAAAACUGUUCCAAAAUUUUCCCCAAAUAGGAGCUUUUGUUUCUGAGGUGGUUCUAAUUCACUAGGCAGGCCUGAGCGAACACAGGUUUAGCCUGUCCCUAUUGAGUAAAUAGGGCAUGCUAUAAGGGAUAAUUAAAAAGCUUGAUGACUGGGAAUGAGUGGAGGAAGAACAGAAAUUUAGACCCAGUUCUCUCCCAAGAAAUCUUGUUAAACACAUUAGGUAGUCGAAACAGUCAUCUUUCCCGUAUCUGCUGUACUAACCCCUCUGUGCAUAAUGACCAGGCAGUGUUCAAACGAGUUUUUAAUUUAGCUCUCCUUUCAUCUGUGCACAUAAGAGCACUGGUAAAGCAUUUUACCUAUUAGGGGAAAAAAGAAAUGCAAUAAUAUGUUAAAUAUAUUAUUAUUCAAAAAUGCUAAACAAAUAUUUAGUUUGUAAGCAGAUUUCUAUAUUGUAUUACAUUUUUGAAAAUAGAUUUGGUACCAUUGUAAAGUUUAGCUGUCAAAAACAGUCACCAUUAUGAAUAGUCAAUAGAGUCUGCUUUUACUAAAGAAUUUAACUUAUUCAGGUUCAAGAUUCUGUUUAUUUUUAAAGGCAAGCAGGACAUAUCUUCAUAAUAAUUUCUGUUAAUUUUAAAAUCACUUUAUUUAUGUGAUAGUGAUAGUACCAGAGUGGUUAUCUCAUACUGAUGAAAUCUCACCUUCUAGUGGUUGAAAAGACGGAAGUUAUCUGUGAGUAUUUGCUUUUCAAAACCCACAAAACCAUACUUCAGAUGACCUCUUGCUCUUUUCUUUGUCUCUCAUAUUCAAAUUAUCUGACACCUACCAAAACCAGUUUCUAAUUAUUAUGUUUGGCAGCCCAAAGGGUAUGGUUGAUGUCAGGCAGCUGCUUAUGCAGCACUAAAUAAAGCACCUGGUUUGUGCCCCAGAAGUCUUCCAUUAAUCUAUCUGAAAAAGAAGAGCCCACGGGAAAUCUGGAUGGAAGAGUUCAGUGCAGACCUUGGCUCAAGAGUUUUCUCCUUCCCUUCCCUUCUCCUCCCCUCUUCAAUUGGAGUACACAGCAUGUUUUUAUAGGCAAUGAAUCAAUAUUGUUUCUGGGGAAAACUGUCAUAAAGGACCAGGGUUCCUUGAGCUCUCCUAGCCUGUGACCCUCAUGUGGCCAGCUCCUAAGAUUCCCGUGACCCCACUCUUUGGACCUAGUGUGUAGACUUCAUCCUUACAAAUGUCUUCACAUUCUUUUGUUUGCCCCAAAUGUCAGAGACCAGUGUAGAAAUUAGGAAUAAACUAUUAAUGCCCAACUUUUCAGCAAGAUGUAUAUAUAAUAGUUCUCAGACCUAAAAUUCAUAACCAUAAAUAUUUUAACCUUUUAAUAUAAUUCCUACAUUCCUCUUCCAACAUAUUCCAUUGUCAUAACAAUGACUCUUCUGAAUGUAUAUUUACCAUUACAUACAAAUAUGUAUAUUUACCAUUUGAAAAAGUAUUCUGGUGGUGAUAUGGACAGUAAUUGACAAUUUUUCUUUAAAAUUUCUGCUUUUCUGCCUCUAGAGUUUUGUAGUAUACAGACAAAUUUUCGAUAAAGACCUGUGCUAGACUUUUGAUAGCCUGAUUGAUAGACAGAUAUGCUUUAAUAUUUUGACACAGCUGCCUUUUCAUUUCAUCUGUGCUUUGGUUAACAGUGGGCUCAAGGGACUCCUUUCUGUAAUCAAAUGAAUUGACCUGGACUUGAACUCCCUGGCGAAUGUUUAUAUUCCCAUGCAGAUAUAGAAGUCCACAUUGUGUUUGGUUCAUUCCUCUUUUUGGUUCUUCAAUGAGUAAAACAAACAAAUAAAAAAAUGGGCUUGCUAACCUAA